AUGGAUAGGGGUGAAACUGAUGCGUUUAACGUUGGAGUAAAGAUAGUGUUACCGCCGUCCUUUACGGGUGGCAGACGUUACAUGUUUAAUAAUUGUCAGGAUGCAAUGGCAAUUUGUAAGAAAUAUGGAUAUCCCGAUAUGUUCUUGGAUAAAUUGAUGGACGAUUUUAAGAAGAAAGAAUUGUUUGGCAAAGUUGACGCAGGCAUGUACACAGUCGAGUUUCAAAAAAGAGGUCUUCCGCAUGCUCAUAUCUUGGUGUGGUUGAGUUCAGAGAACAAACUGAAGACGGGUGCUGACAUUGAUAAGAUCAUAUCAGCCGAGCUGCCCGACAGUACACUUUAUCCAAGACUUUAUGAUGAUGUUUCUUCUUAUAUGAUGCACGGGCCAUGUGGUGGUGCCCGUCCUUUCCCGCCUUGCAUGGAUAGGGGAAGAUGUACGAAAUAUUAUCCGAAGGAUUUUAAAGGAACUACGACGAUAGACGACGAGGGUUAUCCAAGGUACAAACGUCGCGAUUUUGGGAUACAUGUUGACAAGCAGGGGGUCCAAUUGGAUAAUCGCUAUGUCGUCCCAUACAAUCCACAUCUUCUCAUUAGAUACGGAGGUCAUGUAAAUGUGGAAUAUUGUAACAAAUCCAACUCCAUCAAGUACCUUUUCAAAUACGUGAACAAAGGCCCUGAUAAGGCAUUGAUGCAGUUGUCUGUUGACAGUGAGAAGCGUGAUAAGUCCAAGCCGGUUGAUGAAAUAAAAGAGUAUUAUGAUUGUCGUUAUGUUUCACCUUGCGAGGCUGUUUGGAGGAUAUUUGCUUUUGAUAUACACCAUAAAUGGCCUCCUGUUUUGAAACUAACGUUUCAUUUGCAUAAUGAACAAUCAGUACUAUAUGAUGAUUAUCGUGACAUCGAGGACGUGGUGAUGUAUAACGAGGAAGCGUCGAAAAUGUUUCUCGCAUGGUUUGAAGCAAAUCGUCAGUAUGUAGGCGGUCGCGAUCUAACAUAUGCUGAAUUUCCAACAAGGUUUACUUAUGAGAAGCAAGACAAAAGGUGGCAGCCACGUAAAGCAGGAUAUCAAAUUGGAAGGCUUCAUUACACGCCGCCUGGUAUAGGGGAGUUGUACUACAUGAGGAUAAUGUUGACCGUUCAGAAGGGUUGCAUGGGAUAUAGUUGCAUAAAAACGAUUAAUGGACAUACCUAUGACACGUUCCAGGAAGCAUGCUCAGCUUUGGGAUUACUUGAUGACGACAAAGAGUUUAUAGAUGGUAUCAUGGAAAAUGCUGAGUUAGGUUCGGGCCAUCAAUUGCGUUGGUUUUUUGUGCAUCUCUUAACCACUAGCACAAUGACGAGCCCUGAUGUAGUUUGGGAUGCGACAUGGCAGUUACUAUCCGAUGGUAUCUUAUUUGAGCGUAGGAAGCGUUUGAAUAUUCCAGAUCUGCGUAUCGGUGAUGAUGACUUGAAGAACCUGUGUUUGAUUGAAAUUGAAAUGUUGCUUCAGGUAAACGGACAGUCGCUUACUGGCUUCAAAUCUAUGCCCAGGCCAAACGCAGCAGACAUGCCAACUUUCACAAACAAGCUUAUCGUUGAUGAGCUGAGUUACAACAAAGAUGAACUGAAAAAGACACACGCUGAUAUGUUACUGAUGCUGACUGAUGAACAAAGAUGUGUGCAUGACAAGAUAAUGGAGUCAGUUGGUUCUGACCACGGUGGUUUUUUUUUCUUAUAUGGUUACGGUGGUACGGGAAAAACCUUUAUAUGGAAAACAUUGUCGGCUGCUGUUAGAUCGAAGGGGUUAAUUGUAUUGAAUGAUGCAUCCGGCGGUAUAGCGGCUCUUCUAUUACCAGGUGGAAGAACCGCACACUCGGCGCUGACAGUCCCUGUUGAGAUUAACGAGGCAUCAUCGCUUAAGAUGCUAAAGGAUAGUCCUAGGGCAGACCUGGUGCGUGCUGCAAAGUUGAUAAUUUGGGAUGAGGCUCCAAUGAUGCACAUAUGGUGUUUUGAGGCAGUUGACCGAUCAUUACGUGAUAUCAUGUCCAAGAAUGAUUCCCUAAACGCACUUAAACCUUUUGGUGGAAUGACCGUAGUUUUAGGUGGUGAUUUUAGGCGGAUAUUGCAUGUUGUCCGAGGACGAACGAGGCCGGAUAUUGUUGAUGCCUCCAUCAAUUCGUCAAAGAUAUGGGCUUAUUGUAAUGUGUUGAGGCUUACUGUUAAUAUGAGAUUGGGUGCAUCUUCGGUACCUGCAGAUCAGGAAGAAAUUGCUAAUUUCGGCAAGUGGAUACUCUCAAUUGGAGACGGCAACGAUGCUUCGGAUGAGAAUGGUGAAAUGAAGGUAGAAAUUCUUGAAGAUUUGCUGAUAUCGGACACAACAAAUCCGUUGAUGUCGCUUAUAGACUUUGUAUAUCCCGAUCUGAAUGAUAACCUUGGUGACCAACUAUUUUUCCAAGAAAGGGGAAUACUCGCACCAACGCUUGAUUCAGUUGAGCAUGUUAACGAAUUUAUGAUGUCGCUGAUUCCAGGUGAAGAGAAAGAGUAUUUAAGCUCUGAUUCUGUUUGUAGAUCGGGUGAAAAUUCUGAUGUCCAAAGCGAGUGGUUCACGCCGGAAUUUCUUAAUGGUAUUAAGAGCUCUGGAAUUCCAAAUCACAGGUUGAAGCUAAAGGUGGGAUGUCCAGUUAUGUUGAUGAGAAACAUAGAUCAGGACAAUGGACUGUGUAAUGGUACUAGGCUGACAGUUACACAUCUAGGGAAGAGCACGAUAGCUGCUACCGUAAUUACAGGAAAAAGGGCAGCCUGUGUUCACGCAUGGACAACUCUAUGUCGCUGUCUCUCGAGUAACUUCAAGAAAAGGUCUGAAGCUGCUCAUCCUGUAUGA